GUUUCCCAAAACCGGAAAGAUGAGGAGGCAGUGGGAACUUGCCCUAAGAAGGGACUGUUUUGUUGCCUCUGACAGGACACUGCUCUGCAGUGAGCACUUCAGGAGUCAGGAGUUUGACAGAACGGGGCAUAAUGUCCGGCUUAAAGAUGGUGUUGUGCCAACCAUUUUCAACUUUCCAGCUCAUCUUUAAUGGGGAGAAGAUGAUCUGCAGCAUCCUGCUGCUCAUCAUCCUGACCUCCUGUGUCUCUGGAACAUUAGUAGUGAAUGUGACCCAGACCUCCUAUCAGGCAGAGGAGAACCAGCACAUCACACUGGAGUGGACCUUCACAACCAACCCUCACACUUCCUCCAACUCUCUUUCUAUCUUCUGUGAACUGUUAACUGAUCUCAGACCCUCAGUCCUGUUUCAUCUCCAUGAAGGAGUUGAGGUCCCAGAGUCUCAGGAUGAACAGUUUGCAGGACGAGUCCAGUGGGACAAAGACGUCCUCAGAGAAGGACGACUCAGACUUCAUGUGUCCAGACUCAGGACUAGUGAUUCGGGACUGUACCUGUGUGAUGUGCUCACAAGUUAUGAGAGUAACUCUGGUAAAUGUUGGCUCAAUGUCACUGCAGCGAGGGAUCGGCCUGAACCUGAGACACCAAACACAACAAGUCCACCACAACCAGAGAGUCGGGAUAUGUUCCUAUUCUGCUAUUUAAUAAUCAUACGUGUAAUGUCUUUACUCUGUCUGUAUCUCCCCUGGUGGAUUUUGUUUCCAGCUGUUGCAUAAGACAAAAGUUCAGCAGGUGAAUCAGUGGAUACAGUUAACAUCUGUAAUGAGACAAAACUGUUAGAGAUCAUGUUUAUAGCAAAGAAACUCCCACACAAACUGUAAUAGUUGAUAAAAAACA